UAUACAUGCAAGAGAGACUUGUAUUUACAGACAGGGUCAUCCUGAUGGCAACCAGAAAUUGCGUCACACUGUCGGAGACUGUCUCUCUCGACGAGUUGAGCAUCACGAUGCUGUGCAAAUACUCCCCUGAUAUGAGAAUAGUGUUGGAUGAAAGAUAUCACGAUCCAGCAAGCCAUAGCCGUGUUCACCCACCAGCUAUAUUUUGGUUGAUCCAAGAAUACCUAGGAGGUAGGUACCACGCUUCUUCGGCAGGGUGCGGAUGAGAGGUAACGCGACUAAGGUAGGUCUCUGGAAACGAACCUCUUUUCGCUCGUACCACGUAUCGCCCAUCAUGGAUUUCCCAUCAAGCACCUCAGAAUCAACCGAGUAUUCAACUCUCCAAUCCUUCCUCAACGACAAAUCUUCGCUCGAUGAGGCAAUCAACAACUUCAUCUCCACUCCCGACUCGUCGUCAACAGAAGACAAGCUUAUCCGUUCCUGGGAUGCCCUAGGUCUUACCGCCUCGCAAACCGCGGCGGACUCCGAGUCGCAAGAGAAACUUGUCUCAUUUCUCAAAGCUCUCCGCGAGCGUGACACGAACGUCGGCGAUGUCGAAGGCCAGACAGUAUCCUGGUCUUCGCUGCCACUCUUUGGCCGUCAAAUUCGCGAGCGCUGGAACUACGACGAAAGUGCUGCACAGAAAGAAGAAGAAGCCGCAAAUAAUUGGGCGAAUGCGAACGCGUUCGCUGCCCGCGUCACAGCUACUGCAUCCGCGUUCGACAGCUCAGAUCCACUUGACUUCUCCUUGUAUGCCAUCUGGGCAUUGAGAGCUGCCUUGGAAGACAAGGAUGAUGUGCCCGAGGCCACAGUACGGGCGGCUGCCAUGUGGAUCCUGUACGCUGGUGAAGUGCUAAGAAAACAAAGCAAAGAUCAGAGAAGCUAUGAGGGCAAGGUUGCACAAGCGGGAAACAAGUAUCCGAAGAAAGAGUGGAAUGGAUUUGAGAUGGAUAGAUGGAGGAGCUGGGGAAACCGCUUCGGAAACAUUAGCGAGGUCUCGCCAUGCGAAGAGACUAAGGACAUUGCAAAGAAAGCAAAGAGACACAUGGGUGAUCUGGCAAACUGCUGAUUCAUUUAAAUUAGGCUAGCAAGAGGCACUCAAACUCCGGACAAGAGGCACCGUGCUA